GCGCUGGCCCGCGCCAAGUAAAGAAAACGCCAAAGCGUUGCAAGCAGCAUAUCUCCCUAAAGUUGGCAACACCUAAGUCUGAAGAUGGCCGCCUUUGAUAUGCUCCACUUCAGCAUUGUGUGCCUAAUGAAUCUGAUCGUGCUCAUAACUGCCCUGAACCUAGGGUGGUGGUUCAACAAGGGGAGGUUUGACGUAACGCAGUCACAAAUCCCAUCCAUCGUGAUCAUGGCCAUAGGUUCGAUGUGUAUAUUAGCUGUAACCUGUGUAAGCACAUGGAAAGACGAUACGGAGAGCCAACGUCGCCACGGGCAUGACUCAUUGGGUAGAAUGCUGAACCACUAUCUUCCUCUACUUGGUGUUGUGAUAUUUGGACUCGGCAGUUGCCUAUAUUCUGGUUUAGAUGUCGUGGAGCAAUAUAUUUGUCUACGCGCCUACCAGGCGUUCAAUACUGAUGGCGUCUUUGAUAGCCUAGUCACUCAGCGUUAUGUUCUAACUGCCUUCCACGGAGCGCACUGUAUUUUUGUUCUCAUACAAAUUGCGUUUUUGGUGUUGACGUUUAAAGUGGACAAUUAUGCAAUGAACAACGCAACUUGCAAGGUUCUUAUAUGGUUUGGAAUUGUCUUUACAAUACCUGGCAACAUUGGAGUCUUGUUUUAUACUUUUAUAUCGGGAUCUGUACAGCAUGGCUUCGUACCGCCACAUGUGCCAGAUAACAAAACUUUGGGCAAUGCCACAAGACUCUGUUUACAGGAACAGAGCCCUCUGGAAGAUACAGUCCAUGAAACAUUACGUCCUGUUUGCCACCCAAUGAUAAUCCAAUAUUGUCUAAUCGUGACGAGACUGUUACUUCAGGAGUUAAGAAAAUUGACCCAAAGGAACGUGCCGCCAAUGGAUACAAGUAUGGAAUCUCAAUCAGAUUCGGAAUCUUUUGGACAAGAGACAAACGUUGUACCUGAUGUCGAUUUGAACAAUGUUAACCAAAUAAAUGGGACAACACAUCUAAAGCAUCUCACAGACAACUUUCCUCUGCCAUCUUCUCAGCCAGGAUCAGGAACGUCCGUUCAAAGACAAGACCUAGAUGAAAACGUCCUUGGUGGAAAUACAAUUGGCGCUCCUUCGAUGGAUACCGAAACUCACCUUAGUCGCAGGGCAGGCUUUAUAAUGAGGCCUGUAUCUCAACCAGAGCCGGGCGUGUCUGACAUGAGGAACGGCGUAAGUGACCCCCUCAUUAAUGACGACCCACAAACAAAUCAAGCAGUUGCUUCAGGACGCGGAUCCAAACUUUACAAUUUGUUAUUCAACCGCGUUAUAGCAAUAUUCCUCGUUCUGGUACAAAUAGUUGCCUACAUAUCUGUCAUCGUUCUAAAGACAACCCAGGUUUCUGAAACACAGAAAAUCAACUACGACAUUAUUCUUAUCUCAUGUUUACUGGCUUUUUCGGUAUACGCUCUUUGUGCUACCUGCGUCGGUUGCUACUCCGCUAUUUUCAAACGACAGAUAGAUGCCGAUAACUGUGUCUGUGAAUUUUCAUUUGCUGAUGUUUUCCUUUUGGUUAUGUCGUCUACUGGAAGCUUGAUAUUCAACUUCUCUGUUCUUAUAUGUGACGUUACAAUAUUCGAACAACCUACGUCUCAUGAAGUUUUUGUUCACACCGUUAUUUCAUUCAUAUACCGCAUUUUGAUGGCCGGCCAAAUAUCAGCUCAGGCAUACUUCAUCAACUCUGGACAAAGAUUUGGUGUGUAUUGUGGGACAGACCUUUCCAUUAUGACAACCACUUUGAACUACCUAAUUGUAGCAAACAUAGGCUGGUGGGGGAUAAAUGCCUUUAUAGGACCCUGGUAUUUUAAAAAAGUGGAAUUUUUAAAUAGCUGCUUCGGUUCAACCAUAUGGCCAACUAUGUUGAGGUUCCUGACGCCUUUGCUCGCGUUUUUACGGUUUCAGUCGUUCACUAUGCUGUUAAGGUAUCGCUACGAGGGGAUCGUAAUGGCGGGUGAGCAAUAGCGGUCACGUGCAGAUUGAAAAAGCUGUAAUGCACAUGUUUGUGCAUUGGUGUAAUGUAUUUAGUAUAACUUUGUGUAAUGUAUAUCAGACACCUUGAAAACGGGUAGUGUGGUCUGAUAUACCGGUUUAUUCUGGAUCCGUAGGUGCUGAGUCUGGUAGUUGGUUAGGCCUGUAUAUGGUAUAACUUAGGGUGACUACUUAUACUGCGUAUUCCACAUUCCUUGGCUUUGAUACCAGCAUUUGAUCAGUUCGCUCUCUCUAUCUGUGCGUGUGUGUGUGUAUGUGUGUAAGUGCGGGUGUGUGUGGUUGAGUAUGCGUGUGUGUGAAUGCAUGCCUGACCUUUAAGAAAAUUUCUGCUUUUCCGAAAAUUGCUACUUUCCCAAAUACUGAUUUAUGGAUUGCAUUGCCAAUGUAAGUUUGUUAAAAGAUAAAGCAUAUUCUUUGUACAAAUUCAUAAUUAUAAUAAUAAUAAAGAUAAUUGAUAAUAA